AUGCUCCAGCAAAGGGAAAAGAUGCAGCCAAAGCGUGCCAACGAGGGGGGAAGGAAGCUGCUGAUGGGGAUGACCAGCAGAACAAUAUACGCAAAUAGUAGCCUGGACGGCCUUUUGGACGCAUUGAGUAAGAGCCAGUUCCGCUGUCUCUUUGAACCCGUGAUAUCCAUCCUGCAUAUAGAAUCGAACGCGAAGAAAAACAACGGCAAAUCAAGUGGAUUCACCACAGAAAAGCAGGAAAUCUUCACGCAAUGUCGAGCCAAUGCUACAGAAGUGUCUCGGAAGGGGAUCAAGCACCUGGAUGCAGCGAAACAGCAUUUGGAGGAGCUCCGAAAUCAGGAAAUUGGUCUCGAUAAGAAGAUCGAAGACAUGAAGUUGAUGUGGGAAGCGAAUGGUUCCAACCUGAAAGCGGUCCUGCAAGUACAUCCAGCUCUAGUCGAAGAUCUCUUUCCAAGAAGGAAAGCGGAAACAAGCGCCGCGGCGGACCGACUAGACGAACAUAAAGUUGAGCGUGAAGGAUCGCUGAAGACGUUCUUGAAGCAUGCGAACACACAUCUUUCGAGAGGGAGGGAACAUGAAAAGAUAGCGACUGACGCUCGGGCACUAAUUAAGAAUUACAAGGCCUUGUUGACAGGUUGA